AUGGGUAACUUACCAAAAGAUAGAGUUUCUCCAACCAGACCAUUUUUCAAUUCAGGAGUAGAUUUCUUGGGACCAGUGUGGAUCCAUUACAAAAUCCGCGGUAAAAAGCCAUGCAAAGCAUACAUUGCAGUAUUUUGCUGUUUUUCCACCAAAGCAGUUCAUCUGGAGAUCGUUAGUGAUUUGACCACCAAUGCAUUUAUAUAUGCUCUUCAAAGAUUCAUAUCAAGGCGAGGCAGGUGUAAAAAUAUCUAUUGCGACAAUGCCACGAACUUUGUUGGAGCCUGUAAACAAUUAGAUGAACUCAAGUCUUCAAUAUAUAGUCUAACCGCUCAAAAUCAAGUUACACGAUUCUGUACUGAUAAGGGAAUGACAUUUCAUUUCAUUCCACCACGUGCACCACACUUUGGUGGCAUAUGGGAAGCGGCUGUCAAAUCAGCAAAGCAUCAUCUUAAACGAUCCGUAAAUACAUUACACUUAACAUAUGAGGAAUUGGAAACCGUUGUAGUUCAAAUCGAAGCAAUACUCAAUUCCAGGCCAAUAACACCACAAUCUUCAGAUCCAAAUGAUCUAAUCGCACUCACGCCAGGUCAUUUUUUGAUCGGCGAACCAUUAACAGCAAUGCCAGAAAAUUCCAGUGUAUCAUCACGUUCAUUACCAUCAUGUUGGAAGGCAAGCGCACAAAUUCAACAAAACUUUUGGUCAAGAUGGUCCAACGAAUAUUUAAAUGAGCUUCAGUACCGCAAUAAAUGGAAAACAGAAGCAGAAAAUGUUAAACAGGGCACUAUGGUUAUCAUAAAAGAAGAUAACACACCCCCUAUGGAAUGGCCAUUAGGGCGGAUAGUGCGUACCUACCCAGGCAUUGAUGGCAAGGUUCGAGUGGUAGAUGUCAAAACCAAGAACGGAAUUUGGAAACGGCCAAUACAUCGAUUGGCGCCAUUACUAGCAGAGGCACAUUCAUCCACCGAUGUACAAGCAGAUCAAGUUGAAGACGCACCACGAAAACGCGCAAAAUUCGACAACAAUCAAAAUCCGAAUUUACCCAAAACGUUAUUUUGCUGUUCAGCAUACAUAGCAACGCAAGCGACGGCAACACGGCAACAACACAACGACAACAAUAAGUCCAAUAACAAAAACAACAUUGCAGUGAUAACGUUGACAACGCAAGCAGCAAACAAACAACCACCACCAAUUUCAGCAAUGACAACAACAACCACAACAACACCAACAACUACAAACGCAUUUCGUAUUGUAACCAGCAUAGCCAACAAAGCAACUGUAACAGCAACUCUCGUACCUGUGCCAUGCUAUUGUUGA